AUGAAAUUAUUUUACUUCACAGCUAUCCCAUUAGCUAUUUUUUACGUUUUUAAUCACUUGUUCUACUCUUGGUUACCAAGAAAUUAUAGAUUUGAUAAAGAAAAACUUGCCAGCUUAUCAAGAGAAGUUAUUGCUAACCAUCCAGAUGGAAAUGCUACUGCUAUUAUGCUUGAAUUAGCACCAAAGAUUAAGGCCGAAUAUGGUGAUAUUAUCAAUGACUUCAACUUCGACAACUGGGUUUAUAAUAAUGCUGGUGGUGCCAUGGGAACCAUGUUUAUCUUACAUGCAUCUAUCAGUGAAUACUUGAUCUUUUUCGGAACUGCUAUCGGUACAGAAGGUCAUACUGGUAUUCAUUUUGCUGAUGAUUACUUUACAAUUUUGACUGGAGAAGAAAGGGCUGCUUACCCAGGUGCUUUGACACCGGAAGUCUACUUACCAGGUGACGUUCAUCAUUUAGCUAAGGGACAUUCUAAGCAAUAUUCUAUGCCAGGUGGUGCAUUUGCAUUGGAAUUGGCACAGGGUUGGAUUCCAGCUAUGUUGCCAUUCGGUUUCUUAGAUACAUUAUCCUCCACAUUGGACUUCCAUGCCUUCGGUAGGACUGUUUACUUCACUGGUUUAGAUAUGGUCAGAAACUUGUUAAGAGGAAAGUUUUAG